UGAUGCCUUCCGUUUGAUGUGAUUAUUUGUGUUUGGAGCAGCACAUAUCUUGUGAAUGUGUUAACGAUAUCAAGGUUUUAUUUGCAUUUGAAAGUGUAUUGGAAAAAAAAAAUGGUAUCGCAAUCUUGCCUAGCUUUCUUUUUCCGUUUUUCCUUAUAAUUUGGCCGACCAUUCUUAUAAUGUAGGUGAGGAGUUAAAUUUCUCUUGCUUCCACCACUUUGGAACAUGUACCUUUGUAGGGAUUCUAACAAGCAAUGAAAAGGCUUGGGUUGGUGCUGAGAGCUGAGAUUGAAGGCUAUAGAUUGUCCAUCCAAACCCAUAAUAUGUUAUCUCUAAGGAAUGCUUUUCUUGGGACGUAAUCCAAAGCAAAUCGUGCAGUGAACUCCAAGAGUCCUAUAGAGCAACAAACAUUCCUUUGUUUCCACUGUCUUAUCAUGAUCUAUUAUUUAAGACAGAUCCAGGAGACUUUUUAAGUCGGGCAUCAAAGUAGCGGCAUGGAGCUCUCAGCUCUGCUCUUCUCUUCCCUGCUGCUUCUAUUGCUCAGCGGCUCCUUUCCCACUGGCCUUGCAGACAGCAGCCCUCUCCGAGACACGUGUCCGAUGGAUCCCAGGGGUCAAAGAAAGCUCUUCAUGAACGGGUUCUUGUGCAAGGAUCCCGAAACCAUCACGCCGUCUGAUUUCAAGACGUCGAUGCUUGAGAAGGCGGGCGACACCGACAACUUCGUCCGGUCAUCCAUGAACGUUGUGACCGCGACCGAGUUCCCGGGCCUAAACACGCUGGGCCUCUCCGUGGCUCGAACCGACCUGGCCAUGGAUGGCAUGGUGCUGCCUCACUCCCACCCGCGGGCCUCUGAGAUGAUGUACGUGGUUCAAGGCACCGUGAUCGCCGGCUUCAUCGACACCAAGGAUCGGCCGUUCCAGAAGAUCCUGAAGGAAGGUGACGUUUUUGUGAUCCCUCGCGGGCUUCUCCACUUCUGCGUGAAUGCGGGGUUCGGGCCAGCUACCAUUCACUCAGUGCUGAACAGCCAGAACCCGGGCGUUGUGAGCAUCGCCGGUGCCAUGUUCUUGUCAGAUUCUCAUCUGCCUGAGAAGCUGGUGGCCAGGAUGGUGAGCCUCAGAGCUAUGGAGCUGGGCCGCAACCGGACUGACACGGCAUUUCAUGAGUCAUAGUUUGAGUUGGGACAUUUGUCCGUACACGGGGAUCCUUUGUAUAUAUGUCCUUGUUUUCUUAAAAAUGUUAUGCAUUUCUUAUCUAAAAUCAGCCUAUGUUUAUACAAAUUACGU